AUGGCAGGAGAAGGAGAUCACCAAGGCAGCAUGAGUGAAGUGGCCAAGAGGAUGAAAGGAGGAAGAAAAGGAAAGGUGGUCCAACAAGUACAGAUUGAUGAUGAGGUCACUGAUGGCAAUGAAACAGAGUUCAAUGAAGCCAAAGAAGGGUCUGACACUGAUGAUGAAAAUGAGCAGUAUGACUACCAUACCAUAGCCAAGAUCAUGGAGGCAGUUCCCAAACUUACAUCAUGA